AACAAUGACACUGAAGAUGAGGAGAGAUUAUGGAGAGAUCUUAUUAUGGAGAGAGUGACAAAAUCUGCUGAUGCUUGUCUUACUGCUAUCAAUAUUAUGACAUCCCCAAAUAUGCCUAAAGCUGUAUAUAUUGAGGAUGUAAUAGAAAGAGUUAUUCAGUACACAAAAUUUCAUUUGCAGAACACUCUCUAUCCUCAGUAUGAUCCUGUGUAUAGAGUGGAUGCUCAUGGUGGUGGUGUUUUAAGCUCUAAAGCAAAACGUGCCAAGUGUUCCACCCACAAGCAAAGAGUUAUAGUGAUCUUAUAUAACAAAGUUUGUGACAUUGUCAGCAGUUUGUCAGAGUUGCUAGAGAUACAGCUUCUCACCGAUACAACUAUUCUUCAAAUAUCAUCUAUGGGAAUAACACCUUUCUUUGUAGAAAAUGUCAGUGAACUACAGUUAUGUGCCAUCAAAUUAGUGACUGCA